CAAUAGUACUGGUGCUAAAGAUGGUGCUGUUGUUGGUGGUAACGCAACAGGUGGUGGUGGAACAGCUGGCAGAAGUGAACACUGGACAUUAUUUGGUGACUCUCACAUGCGUUACCUCUUCGCUUCAUUUCUCACGAGAUUCAGGAGCCCCACUCUCCAGUACCGACUAAAUGCAGGCAAAUGGUUGAAUGGAACUGAGCUUGAGAUAUUUCUGCAUGUGAAUAAAUUAUGGGAAGACAUUGAGAUGCGCGAUGUGAAAAUCAACUUUCGAAUGAACUUCUACUUGGACAUAUUGCUGAAGAGGCUGCCGAAUAUGACGGCAGAGUGGGAAAAGAACCGUGAAGGGACACCCACACUAGUAAUCCUUGCUGCGGCGCUACACUGGAUGUGGGCUACACAACAUAUAUACAUCAGCCAAGGUGCCGAGGCAGCUGUUGAUGUGUAUAGGAAACACAUCAGAAGCAUGAAGGGGCAGCUCACCCGCCUCGCCGCAAGAACCACCGUAGUCUUCAAGCUCCUCGACUACGUGAAGUCAGCGAGCGUGAUGGAUGGAUAUCGUAAUAAUGUAAUGAACUCUGCCAAAUUCAUGUCUCUAGGCUGCACAGACUGUGUGUCUUCGGCCAUCUCUUUCAAGGGAGCAGCAGAAUUCAUCCUUAUAGGUUGCUUCUGUAGCUGUUCUGUAAACUCAUGA